AUGAAUGUUUUCCUUUAUCUGAUCAUUCCUCCCUUCUGCAGUGAUCCAGCCGGUGCAGUCAGUCCUGCAGAGAAACUGAGCCCUGAGCACCUGCAGCUCCUGAGAAAUGCAUUUACCUCUCCAAAAGCUGGAGUGCAGAUACACGAGAACAGGCCGAGUGGAAGGAGUGGAAAGAACAGAGGAGGAAAAGAAGAGCGUGGAAUGAAGUUCGAAGAAUUUCGGGAGGUUUUGAGGUUGGUGAUUGGUCCAGACGUCGAGGACACAUGGGUCGAGAGAUUUUUCAGUGAGGUAGAUAUAAGUUGUACAGGUGAGGUGAGGUGGCAGCAGCUGUGUUCCUACCUGCUUCUGGAGUACACUGAAAGAGAGCGCGCCUCCAUCCCCACAGCUGCUCUCCUGGACUCCCAGCCACAGUUUAGGCACUGCUCUCACAACAAGCGGGAACCAACAGUGCGUGUGGUUGCUGUUACCCAUCCUCCUCCACUCCGCUAUAUAAGUGUCAGUAAGGGGGGCCAGGUCACUGUCUGGAACAGCAGCCUACACAUCCUCAAAACUGUUGGGCUGGCUGGAGACCCGACAGAGGAAGUGGCAAACACGAGGAGGUUCAGAGGCUGGACCACUGAUGCAGUGUAUAUGGCCAGUGUCCACAAGGUUGCCAUAGCAACCGACUGCAGGGACUUGCACUUUGUCAAUGUCUCUACAGCCAGUAUAUUUGAGGAUGUCCACCUAUUUGGGUUUCGUUGUGUCCCCACUGCUCUUUGUUACUGGCAUGAUGUCCAGUGUCCAGAGCGUUCCCCUCUGCUGCUGCUGGGGGAUGAAAAGGGAGGAAUCCACCUGAUGUGGUUCCUGAAGCCUUCUAAAGGUCUUUUUAAGAAUCCCUCCAUGAAACAGAACGGCCCACACAGGAUCUUUUUCCCAGACCUGAGUGAACACAGAAGCAUGGUCUCCUACCAUUACAUCCCCAACAUCCACCAAGAACCAAUCAACAGAGUGAUGUUUGAGCCCAGUACCAGUGUCAUCAUGACAUCUUCAGAAAGUGACACCACCUCUGUGGUCUUCACGAAUGUGACGCUGAAGCGGGAGCCGUACGUUUGGAAAAUUAAUCAGGGGGCCAAAUGCUUCGACUACAAUGCUUCUCUGCAGUUGAUGGUCACAGGAGGUUGUGACCGAGCAGUCAGACUGUGGACUCGAUUUGUGACCACACGUCCCGUAGCUACACUGCUGGGUCAUCACGCCACUAUACUGGAUGUUGCAAUCUACCAACCUGCUGGGCAGAUCUUCAGCUACGCCAGAGAUGCUGAGCUGAAGGUUUGGGACAUUUCCACACAUCACUGUCUGAAAACUGUCCGCCUGCACUUCCCAUGCCUACAGCCAGGUCGAAUCCCAGAACACGGCAACUUCCCUUUCCUGUUGCUGAGACCUCUUCUUCCUGAAGAAACACAGCCUCAUUUAGUGGUCGGAUGCAAAGAUUACCUGGCGCUGCUCAAUCUGGCUGAAACGAGGAGAGGAUCAGGUGGAUGGUUGACAAAUGAAGGAAGGGAAUUUGGGCCAGAAAUUCAAAGUGGUCCAGCCCUCUCCUGUGCUCUGUACAACCCCACCCUGAGACAGGUGGUGACUGGACAUGCCAACUCAUCUGUGUCUCUGUGGGAUGUAGAAACAGGUAGGAGACGACUCCAGAUCUUAAACGCUCAUGGAGAAGAUGAACUCCUCUGCAUGACACUAGACUCUUCCCAAAGAAGACUGAUAACUGGGGCUCGCAACGGCACCAUUAAGGUGUGGAACUUGCUGAAUGGCCUUAACCUGCACAAGCUGGAGCCUAUCAGCAACUCUGAAGUCACCAGGCUGACCUGUCUCCAUGACAACAAGCUGCUUGCUGUGGGAUGGAGCCAGCGGAUCGCUCAGUACGACAUCGCAGCAGCCAAGGACUUGUAUGUGAGAGCAGACCUGUCGUGGAAGUCCAGCGGUGUCCAUAAAUCCGACAUCCUGGCUGUGUGUCAGUGCUCUGCUCUGGGGGUCAUUGCCACAGCGAGCCACGAUGGAGAGGUCGUCAUCUGGAGGCUGGAGACACAGGGACCACUGCUCCACCUGCAGAGAGAGAGACAGGCGGGAGUGGUGCCCCCUGUGGACAGCCUCUUAUUCCUGCAGCAUCGAGCUGGCAACAGAAAGCUGAGAAACAGAGGUGUCCUGGUGUCAUCGCAGGCUGGCUGUCUGUCCUUUUGGAGUGUCACUGGACAGACACACGCUUAUGGUCGGUUUUAUGCUCCACAGGAGCCAGGUGCUCGUGUGCUGAGCCUUAGCUCAGACCAGCCUAAUAACACAAUCCUGGUCUCUGGAGACACAACAGGCUGGCUUCAGGUCUGGGACAUCUCUCAGUAUGCACUAGACAUCCAACAUGAGACAAUUUGUGAAUGCCCUACUCUACUGCAGCGAUGGAAGGCACAUAAGAGUGGGUUAGUAAGUGUGGAAGUCCUCGAGGUGGCUGACAGACUGUUCGUCCUCACAGCCUCAGCUGAGGGUUCUGCUGGACUGUGGACAAAGGACGGAGAUCAUGUGGGAUCUUUUGGACAGGAGGUGAUGUGGAAUAUCACUGACGCAGCUGCGUACCAGAGGUGA